GCCAGAGAGGAGGGACUGUAAGCAGCCCUGAGAGCCAGCUGCCGGUCGCUCCGAGUCCACUCUCCCCGACUCCCUCGAUCUCCCCCAGCCUCAUCACUCCAUGGGACUCCAGACCUGGCCACCAAGCAAACCAUUGCCCUCCAUGGCCUGCCUUGAUGUGGAGAACCCUUCCAUCUGCAGGGGUAAAUUUAAAUCAGUCCUCCAGCUCUGUUUGCAGCAGAGGAGAACUCGGGAGCAGCUUGUGGAGCAAGGCAUCAUGCCGCCUCUGAAAACACCUGCUGCCUUUCACGAGCAGAUUCGCAGCCUGGAGAGAGCCAGGACUGGAAGCUUCCUAAAGCACAAACUCUGCAGCAGACCUCAGCGCUCCGAGCUGGUCCGUAUGCACAUUCUACAAGAGACGCAGGCUGAAGCCUCCCUGCAGGCCACACAGAUGAAGCUGAAAAGGGCCAGACUGACUGAUGACCUCAAUGAGAAGAUCGCCCAGCGGCCUGGACCCAUGGAGCUGGUGGAGAAGAACAUCCUGCCUGUGGACUCUGGGGUCGAAGAAGACAUCAGUGGUGGUGAGGCAGACCGUUCUAAGCCAAUAGACAUUUUCCACUUUGAUGAGGACAGCAGUGAUGCCUUAUCACCACAUCGGCCUGCCAGCCAAAAAUCUCCCAGCUCCACCUCUCAAAGGGAGUCUGAAAGGACUGAGGCCACUUCUACUUCCUCUUACUUAAACUGUCCCAUAAAGCAUUCCCCACCACCAAACUCACAGUCCACAUCAGAUGUAGUCAGCGUUGUUUCCGCCAGUGAGCAACAAAGCAAACAACAAACGUCUACACCUCAGCAAAUCACCACUGUUGUCCCCAGUAUCACACCCGGACCACUUCUUGUGAAGCAAAGCCUGCCCAAGCUACCCAGCGAUAAAAGCCGCAGCAAAAAGAGCAAAGAGCCCAAACCACGGAUGAAAAAGUUAAAGUACCAUCAGUACAUCCCCCCUGACCAGAAGCAGGAGCUCAAUGAAGUGCUGAUGGACUCAGCUUAUGCCCGUCUCCUGGAGCAGCAGCAGCAAUUCCUGCAGCUUCAGAUCUUGAACCAGCAGCAGCAGCAGUACAGCUACCAGGCUGCCCUGCCUGCCUCACUCAAACCAACAACUGAGGUACAAACCAGCUGUUCCAGUGUUUUUCUGAGUGGAAACGCUACGUCUACCGCUGUGCAGCCCCGGCACACUCGGACAAACCGCAAGCCAGAUCAUUUACCAGCUAAUCUGGAUGAGAUGAAGGUUGCUGAGCUGAAAAUGGAACUAAAACUCAGAUCUUUGCCUGUUUCUGGGACUAAAACAGAUCUGAUAGAGAGGCUAAAGUUGUACCAGGAGAACUCUAACAUUCAGAUUGCUGCUGUCAUGGAGACAUUAGCCGUCACAGCAGCCGCACAGUCUGAAAACAAAAAGUUAACCCCGCCUGUGUCCCCUGUAGCCUCCAAGGUGUCCAGUCUGGGCAUAGAGGACAGUAGUGUGGCAGACAGCCCCACCAAGCUCCCAGAAGCUCCAACUCACACUGCUCCCUGUGUGAACUCCUCACAGAGAGCUCCACGGGAGACAAAGUCCUAUGAGAAGGACUCUGAGAAGGACAAACGUCUCCACGAUAAGGAGCGUCAGAUUGAGGAGCUGAUGAAGAAGCUGGAGCAGGAGCAGAGGCUGGUGGAGGAACUGAAGAUGCAGCUGGAGGUGGAGAAGAGGAGUCAGCAAGCAGAUUCUCCAGCUCAGCUCAUACAUCUCGCUCCCAUCCAGGUCAAAGAGGAAAACAGGACCUUUUCAAACUGCUCAGUGUCUUGCAGUUCUCCUGGUCUGACUGUGUUGGUCAAACAAGAGGAGGUGGCUCCUCUAAAUCAGUGUUUCAUCAGCGACCAGACUUUCAAGCAGCCUAAAACCUUGCAGCCAGUCAAGGCUGGAGCUCAGAUCCUCCGACCUGCAUCCCGUCCGGCCUCAGCAGUGACUAUCCAGCUCCCUGCCAGCAGCACUAAAUUACACACUACUGUUAGCAGCACAGUCCCAGGCCUCAUCCAGACCUCUGGAGAGGUGCCACAGAAAAUAGAGGCCUCAGCAGCAUUACAACAGCAAUGCAGCACUCAGACUGAGCCACUGACUAAGACACAGAGAGUGAGUCCCACUGCACAACUCAACACAUUCCCAGCGAGUGGCUGUCCUGUGGGAGCCUCCUCUAGCCAACCUGGUCCUAAAGAUCCUACAAUAAAGUCUCCCUCUACCAGGCAGCGAACUAUGAUCAUGCCAAAAUUCACAAACCAUGUGGCAAAGUGUAAAGACCCUCCACGCUAUGAGGAUGCAGUUAAACAGACACGCAGAAUGCUAACAGCUGCUCAGGGUCCCACUGCUGCUAGCCAGCAGAUGGAUGAUUUGUUUGAUGUGUUAAUCGAGAGUGGUGAGAUCUCACCCUUCAUCAGACAGGAUCCUCCCAGUCUGGACAAGCCUCUCCCUGUGACAGCAAGUGUAACCACCCUUCCCAUCAACACGGUUUUAUCCCGCCCUCCACCCGUGGUCAAAGUGGCCCAGCUGCCUGCAACACAGCUCAACACCUCGCCCAGCUUGGCUGCCCUAACCUCUAACACCCAGCUGGAAACCCUCCUGGGUGCUCACACCGAGCCACAAACACUGAAGCCAAUAGAGGAGCUACACUCACCUGGGGUUACCAUGGAGGGAUACUUAAAUGAAAACACAUCACCCUCUAUUUUGAACUUGCACAGCACCAACAUAGACCAUAUGGAUUGGCUGGACCUUACCCUGUCCGUGCCAGCAGAGGGGGUCAACUCUCUGGACAUGACAGCGCCAGUGGGCGUCUUCUCGACCGACUUCCUGGACUCACAUGAACUGCACUUGAACUGGGACUGACUGCUGUCAAUAAAAUUCGUACACCCAUCAGACAGGUUCAGAUAAACAUACUUUUUAUGAAAGGGAGGGUGCCAUUUAUUUCCUAUGUGGAGAAAUUAGGGCUUUUGGAGGUUGGGGCAGCUCUGUUUAUUUUCUGGCCAUAUAAAUUAGCUCAGUAAUAAUCUAAUUGUGCUGCGUCAGUUUAGAAGUUCCUGCAUUGCUUCCUUUGUGGUCUUCAAACCCUCUGAUUGUACAGGGAGAUGGUGACUGGUACUGGCAGAUUGAGCUGACAGUGGAAGUUGCCUUUACAAUUUCAAUCUGAAUUCAUGCCACAAUUUUGUUACCAAUAUGUUCUCAUGUUAUUGCUUUCUCUUUGUCCUCUAAUUGUAAAAUAUGUACAGUGUUAUAUUUGCUGUAGAAAUAGCAAAAAGAACAGGAAAAUGUCCUAAAGCUGGUUAAAGAACCAAUGGACAAAUACUACAUUUAGCUGGGGGUUAUUAUGCACUUCACUCCACCCUGACUCAGAAUGAUUGUCACUAUCAAAUUAGAUUAACACACAUAUGCAAAAUGUUACCUGUUUAUAUGUAAAUUGUGAAGCAUAAAUCAUAUGUUUAAUUGAAUCAAGAGUGUGAAUAUGAUAGUGAUAUGAGACCACUGAGUUACCACGGUGUCAUAUUAGCCUGACCAUCCAAGUAUUUACUACAUAAUACUCAAAAUUGCUCCAUAUCUCAAUCAGUUCUGGCAAGAUUUCUAGCCGAUCAGCCAAAUCUUACACUAUGUAAAACAUACAGCACAUGCAUUUGUAAAACCAAAGUAGAAUACAGGUAAGGGCAACUAAUCACAAAAGUAAUCUGAUGUGCUCUGUUAAGACUGUUUCCAAAUGAAUAAUGAUCAAAUCUCUUAAAGGUUAAAAAAAGAAAUUGAAUUAUGCUUGUUUUUUGUUAAGCUAGUUUAUUUAAGAGGUGUAAGCAUGGCAGCACAUACCAGACCACAAUCUCUCUAAGUAGCAGACAUACUGUACAGACAUAUCUUACAGAAAAAAUAAAAAAAUAUCCAUCCAUAUAAACCAUUGAUCACUUCACAGUGAAAUAACAUGAAUGCAUUACAGUUGAUUUGUAUUGGAGCGACAUCUGCUGGCCACAUCCAAUCCAAUCAGCUUGAGCAAGCUGUCUGUGGGACAACCAGGCAGACCACAGGCUGCCUGGUUGUCUAUUAUUUUAGCAAAUUGCAAACGAUAGUUUCUGGUAUGAUGAAAAUAUAAUUCAGUGUCAAAGAAUCCGCCAUAGAAAACAUGAUGAACCACAGCAGGAUAGUUUCUGGUCACUGCGCUGAAUUAUUAGGGAUCCAUUGUCUUCCUCUGCAGGUUAUCUGGAGCAUUGCUGACAAACUCCUCUAAAUGUUGAGGGAAUCGUUUAAACAGAAAAGGAAGUAUUGGCUCUGAUAUCCGCUGGCUACACCGGAACCCCAGAAAUAUAGCUUCUUGCUCCCAGAGGCUUAUCCGGUGUCAGACUGAUAGCCGUUGGGCUCUGAGUUUGCUAUAUAGUUUAACUUAACAUCAAGUACCACUGCGAUGCAUAAUUUGUAGACCAUCUCUCUUGAAACUUUGUCUGAACUGUUUUAGAGUUGUGUUUGCUUCUAAACCAACUACCUCCUUGUCAACCCUUUCAAGCUUAACUGAUUCCUGGACGUUUCUGGGAACUACAAUGCUGAAUAUUGUUAAUGUGGUAAAGUCUUACUUAUCUGGGGGAACACAGUGUUUUCUUUAGAAAUAUUACAUCUACAUGUUUCUAAUGUUAAUUAAUGUUUUCCUCAGGGCUCUGUUUUUGCCAUCGGCUUUUCUCUCUUCACCUUUAACCUCUUGGCCUGAUUACAUUCCACUGUUUUGCUGAUGAUACUAAGCUCUAUGGGCCUGUAAAAGCAGACUGUCAUUCCCAAAUUAUAAUUUAAGAGAUGUGCUUGUUUAGAUGUGUGUAAUUUCCUGUUGCUAAAUUCUGAUAAAACUGAGAUGCUGGCCCAUCUUGACAUAGACAACAAUUUGAUUAAGAACAGUAACAGUAACUUGAUUCCUCAAAGUUUGACAUUAAAGAAAUCACCAAGAUCACAAUUUUCUCACCUUUGCGACAUUGCUA